GUUGCACACGAGCGGAUGAUCCGGCGGCUGCUCCACCCCGGCGUCACGUUGCAGCUGGCGGCUGCUGACAUGGCGGUCCCGGGGAAGGCGGAGGGGGAAGCGGCUGCGUGCGGUGUCCCUCUCCUCCUUCCCGGGUCCUCCACGUCUCUUCGGGUUGUCUUGUUGCUAUUGGUAGCGGCAUGUCUGGCGGGGCACACGGCCGCACUCACCGAGGGGCUGUACUGCGGCCAGCAGGUGUGCUACGAUGUGCUGGGUGUCAGCAGAGACGCCGAGAAGGCGGACAUCGCGCGGGCGUACCGGCAGCUGGCCAGGAAGUACCACCCGGACCGGUACCGCUCGCCCGAGGACAGGGAGACUGCGCACAAGAACUUUCUGGUGGUGGCCACGGCUUACGAGACUCUGAAGGAUGAAGAAACACGAAAAGAUUAUGACUAUAUGCUGGAUCACCCCGAGGAGUACUACAGGCACUACUAUCAUUAUUACAGCAGAAGACUGGCUCCAAAAGUGGAUGUGAGGAUAGUCAUCCUGGUUACAGUGUGUGUCAUCUCAAUCUUUCAGUUUUACAGCUGGAGGAGCAGCUACAAUGAAGCCAUUAAAUACUUAGCAACAGUGCCAAAAUACCGAAUUCAGGCCACUGAAAUUGCAAAGCAGCAAGGUCUAUUGAAUCGUGGAAAGGAGAAGGGCAGGAACAAGAGAUCAAAAGAAGAAAUUAAAGAGGAGGAGGAGGAGACCAUAAGGGACAUUAUCAAGAACAAAAUAGACAUAAAAGGAGGCUAUCAAAAGCCCCAAAUCUAUGACAUCCUCCUGUUCCAAAUCAUCAUCUUUCCCUAUUAUUUCAUCCAAUACAUGAGUUGGUAUAUCCGGUGGGUGUAUACAUUUAAUAUAAAAGGAGAGGAGUACGGAGAAACGGAAAAGCUCUACCUCAUCCGUAAAUACAUGAAAAUGUCACAGUCUCAGUUUGACAGUUUAGAAGAUGAACGAAAGAAAAUGUUUCUCGAGGACGAACUGUGGAUUUGGGAGAAUUAUGAAAUGUACAAAAAAGAGCAGGAGGAAGAAAUGAAGAAAAAGAUGGCAUCAGACCCACGGUGGAAGAGAUAUAGAAGAUGGAUGAGGAAUGAAGGACCAGGAAGGCUGACAUUUGUAGAUGACUGACCGCAACGUCCCUGAGAUAUUAUUUUUCAUAAAAUAAAAUGAGCGUUUGUGUUUGCUGCGUGCAGCAGUGAUCCAAAUCUCUGAUGCAAACAUUUGACAUACAUCUUGUCAUUUUUGGCACCCUUAAACAAGUACAGGGCAAACGUUCUACUUAAUUUUACUAGAAUAUCUGACAAGUAAUGUAUUUCCAUUAUAGGAUAGCUAGCUUUCUAAUUUUAUGGAAAAAUAGAUGGGGACAACAAAAACACCGGUGGCAUUAGAUAUUGUCUGUGCAGCAGAGGUGAUGCUGCGACCAACAAAUCUGUGGCUUUGCCUUACUGACAUUCACAUUUAGUGAAGUUUACAUGUAUGUCAUCUUUAAAGCCACCGUCAUGAACUAACACCCUGGCUAAAGGAGUGGACCAAAAAUGAAUACUGCUUCAUGAUGAUUUUUAAAACCUUGUAUUAAAAUAAAAUGCUACUUUUAAAGAAUA